AUGGCACCUCGAAAGGCGGAGCAGCUUCAAGUUCCGAUUCAGCCAGUCCCGGAGAAGCGUGGCUAUGAAUUCGGUGGACCUCUCGGAGCCUUUGGUAUCGUCUUCGGACUGCCUCUCCUGGUAUACACCUUCACGUUUGUGUGUAACGACGUCACCGGCUGUCCCGCACCGUCCCUGCUUCGACCCUCAACUCUCACUCUUGACCAGCUGAAGCGUGAAGUUGGCUGGCCCAAAGAGGGAAUCACUGGUCUUUAUGAUACCGAGGUCACACUAUGGGUCCUGAGCUACUACGCCCUCAGCCUGUUCUUGCAGGUCAUCCUCCCGGGUCAGGAAACCGAUGGCGUGGCACUCGCGUGCGGCGGAAGACUCAAGUACAAAUUCAACGCAUUCUCCUCUGCUAUUGUCAUUCUCCUUGGCUUGGCCACUGGAACCUACAUGUACGGGGCCGACUUCGUGGUCUGGACCUUCUUGUGGAACAACUACAUCCAGGUUAUCACCGCCAACUUGUUGAUUGCGUCUUCUGUCGCCAUUUUCGUCUACCUGAAGAGUUUCACGGUUCCCGAGCCCGGGAAGCCCAACCACGAGCUGCGUGAGCUUGCUCCUGGCGGCCACACCGGGAACCCUCUCUAUGACUUCUUCAUCGGACGAGAGCUCAAUCCUCGGGUCCGCCUACCAAUUCCCUUCCUCAGCGAAGCUUCGCGUACCCUGGACAUCAAGGUCUUCAUGGAAAUGCGUCCCGGCUUGCUGGGAUGGACCAUUCUCAAUCUCUCCAACGUGGCUCAUCAAUACCGAACCUACGGAUACGUCACCGAUUCGAUUGUCCUGGUGACCAUCUUCCAAGCUUUCUACAUUCUGGAUGCGCUGUACAUGGAACCCGCAAUUCUGACGACUAUGGACGUGAUCAUGGAUGGAUUCGGGUUCAUGUUGUCUUUUGGUGACGUUGUCUGGGUCCCUCACAUUUACAGCAUCCAGAGCCGGUACUUGGCAGUCUUCCCACUCGAGCUGGGCUGGAGCGGAAUUGCUAUUGUUCUGAGUGCCACUGCAGUGGGGUAUGCCAUCUUCCGCGGCGCCAACAACCAGAAGAAUCGCUUCCGAACAGAUCCAAAUGACCCCCGCGUGAAGCACAUUAAAUUCAUCGAGACCAAGAGUGGCUCCAAGCUGAUGGUGUCUGGAUGGUGGGGACUGGCCCGUCACAUCAACUACUUGGGUGAUUGGAUCAUGUCAUGGUCCUAUUGCCUCCCCACCGGCGUUGCUGGCUACGCCCUGAUUGAGAGCAUCAACCCGUCCACCGGUGCUGUGCAGACUCAGGCUGUGCAGACCCCUGAAGUCCGUGGCUGGGGCAUGAUCUUUACCUACUUCUACAUGCUCUACUUUGGCGUCUUACUCAUCCACCGUGAAAUGCGUGACGAGGAGAAGUGCAAGAAGAAGUACGGUGCCGAUUGGAAUCGCUACACUUCCAUGGUCCGCAGUCGCAUCAUUCCGGGUAUCUACUAA